AGAGUGCAGUUCUUUCCACAGAAAUUCAAAACCCGUCAAAGCGUUUGCAUUUCUUCAAGUAAAAGAUGAUUCUCCUUAGGAUAACCUCAUUUAUUUGUCUCAGUAUUUUUUUGUUCAGCUGGGGAGAGACUGCGAUGGGUAUUGUCAAACCUUGUUCCUCUAAGGGCACAAGGAAUGUUGGAGCUGUGGAAGGACUACUCAAGGCAGAAGAGAAAAAUAAAUCUGCAGAUAUUUCAAAACAAAAAGAACAAUGCCUUGUACCAUGUGAUGUUCAAGCUAAAAUUUUACGAGGGGAAAAACAUUACAUGUGCAGAAAUCUGCAGAACUCUCUUGUUGAAUAUGCAAGAAGUACAAAAAAAAUGAUAAGAAACAUGAUGGAUGAUCAACAGUCUUCUUUGGAUUACCUUUCUAAUCAGGUGAAUGAACUGAUGAACAGACUACUUCUUUUGAAUGCAGAAGUUUUAAGAAAGCAUUUAGAUCCACUUCCUUACAAAGCAGUUCAAUCUCAUGGAUUGGAUUGCACUGAUAUUAAAGAUAUCGUGGGUUCAGUUUCAAAAACUCCAAGUGGUCUGUAUAUUAUCCAUCCAGAAGGAUCAAAUUAUCCUUUUGAGGUUUUAUGUGACAUGGAUUUUCAAGGAGGUGGAUGGACUGUGAUUCAGAAAAGAACUGAUGGAAUCAUUGAAUUUCAGAGAACAUGGUCUGAAUAUCUGGAUGGAUUUGGGGACCUAUCUGGGGAAUUUUGGCUUGGACUGAGGAAGAUUUUUCAUAUAGUAAAUCAAAAAACAUCUAGUUUCAGUCUUCAUGUGGAUUUGGAAUCUGAAAAUGACAAGCAUGCUUAUGCAUCUUAUGAUGGAUUUUGGAUUGAGGAUGAAGCUUGUUCUUUUAAAAUCCAUUUAGGGCAUUAUUCAGGAAAUGCUGGUGAUGCAUUUAGAGGAUACAGAAAAGAAGAUAAUCAGAAUACAAUGCCUUUCAGCACAUUUGAUGUUGAUAAUGAUGGAUGCAGGCCAGUGUGCACCAUUAAAGAACAGCCUGUAAAAAGUUGCAGUAACUUCAGUGAUAAAACUGGAUGGUGGUUCAACCAGUGUGGCCUUGCAAAUCUUAAUGGUAUUCAUCGUUACACAGGUAGAUUUCUUGCAACUGGGAUUCACUGGGAUACAUGGACAAUGAACAAUAAACCAGUCAAAAUUAAAUCGGUUUCAAUGAAAAUUCGGAGAACCUAUAAUCCAUAUUUCAAUUAACCUAUGGAAAUAGAAAUAUAUCUCUUGCAGUUAUGUGGGAUAGCAUAUCAGGGUAACAUUAAUGCCUUUCAUUUUCAGUUAAAUAGCUCAGUCUUAAAACUUUAUUAGCUAUUUUCAUAAGAUAGUUAUUCAUUUCUAUUAUGAAAUGUCAGCAUAGAUGUUUGUAGUGUUCCCACUUGAGUGAGAAGAGCAUAAGAAUAGAGUUUUGAAACAAGGAUGAAGCUUAGAGUGUUUGUUAGCUUUUAUUCAGCUGUUUCUUAAACAGGCUCCGAGCCACUGGAAAGACUGUAACAAACACAUCACUUGAUUUCAAAUUGAGAGAGGGGAGUAAUGUUGGCUUUGAACAUGCUUUUUUUUCUAUGCUGUCUGCACAUCUGAAUUGCCAAGAAAUUGCAGCAAUUUUUUUUAAAAGUCAUAUACCUGCUGUUUCUGUCAUAUUUUGGAAAAAUACCUUUUCUUUGCCUUAGCUUAAUUUUCCAGAACAAGCACUUCUUUCUAUUCUCCUUCUCAAAUGAGAUACACUGACUUAAGUCAGCGUAUAUGUAAUGUUCUGUAUACUCUCAGGGCCUGAUUUUAAACAAGGUAUGUACUUACAUACAAGAACUAUGUUCUAUUUUGUACUUAGGUUUCACAGUCAAUGUGUUUUCUAAUUGGUUUUUUGCUGUACUACUAAGAUUUGUCUUUUACACAAUUCACUAAAAACACAUUUUCAAAGAAAAUGGGUAAACAUUUCAUAUAACCUUUGGAAUUUUAAUUUUUGGAAAUAUGGGCCUGAACUUGUGUUCUUCAUCCUGACUAGCAUUCACUUUGUGAAUGUUCAUGUAGUGAUGAAUAAAAGAUUGAACUUGUACAAAUCAAUUUUAAAUUUUGUGAAUUGUUUGAAUUUCUCUCGGUAAAAAUGGAAUUAUAUCAACAAAAAUGUGAAUGUGGUCUGUACAGUAGUGUUUCUGGAAUGCUAUCCCUUCUGUAGGAGUUAUGUAUGUAUAGCUAUUUCUCUUCUCUGCUUCAGUUUCCAUAGAU